AGCAAACAUGUCAGCUUCAGCACUCCUCAGAAGCCGUGUCAGGCGUCCGAGCUACCUCAAUAAGCUUGCCAAAGCCGAGGACUUGAUGCACCACUUUCCCAAUGGCAGUUACAUCGGCUGGUCCGGUUUCACUGGUGUUGGAUAUCCUAAGUAGGAAAGUGCCUACCGCAAUGGCCGACUAUGUUGAGGCGAAUAAUCUCCAGGGUCAACUCAAAUACAAUCUGUUCGUUGGUGCUUCCUCUGGUGCAGAGACCGAGAACCGAUGGGCCAAACUCAACAUGAUUGAAAGACGUGCUCCUCAUCAAGUUGGCAAAGAGAUUGCGAAGGGCAUCAACCAUGGAAACAUCAAAUUCUUCGACAAACACUUGAGUAUGUUCCCUGUUGAUCUGAUGUACGGAUUCUAUACACGCGAGAAGGCCAACAAUCGGCUGGACGUUGCUAUUGUGGAAGCCAGCGCGAUCACUGAGGACGGUGGUGUCAUUCCCGGUGCUUCAGUUGGUGCCUCUCCCGAGAUCAUCCAAAUGGCAGACAAGAUCAUCAUCGAAGUCAACACUGCUGCCCCUUCAUUCGAGGGAUUGCACGAUAUAACUAUGACUGAUCUGCCUCCCCGUCGGAAACCCUUUUUGAUCAUGGCCCCCGAGGAUCGUAUUGGUACACCUCAUAUACCUAUUGACCCCGAACGGGUCGUUGCUAUCGUCGAGUCGGACUAUCCGGAUCAAACUCAGCCUAAUGCACCCGAAGACGAGAAUAGUAGAGCUAUCGCCAGUAAUCUAAUCGAGUUCCUGAAAUACGAAGUCAGCAAGGGACGCCUACCGGAAAAUCUUCUACCACUACAGUCGGGUAUUGGCAACAUCGCCAAUGCUGUCAUUGGCGGUCUUGCCUCCGGAGGUGCUAACUUCAAGAACCUCAAGGUCUGGACCGAGGUACUCCAAGACUCAUUCCUCGACCUCUUUGAUUCAGGGAACCUGGAUUUCGCGACUGCCACAUCGAUCCGCUUCUCUCCAGACGGCUUCAAGCGAUUCUAUGAUAAUUGGGAUCAGUACUAUUCAAAACUUCUGCUCCGCAGUCAGGCGGUGUCUAACUCCCCUGAGAUCAUUCGCCGUCUGGGAGUCAUCGGCAUGAACACGCCUGUUGAGGUCGACAUCUACGCUCACGCAAACAGUACCUGUGUGUUAGGCUCACGCAUGCUGAACGGUCUUGGUGGAAGUGCGGACUUCUUGAGAUCGGCCAAAUACUCGAUCAUGCACACUCCCUCCACUCGCCCAAGCAAGACCGAUCCUACCGGUGUCUCUUGCAUUGUCCCUAUGUGUACUCAUGUCGAUCAGACUGAGCAUGACUUGGACGUUAUCGUCACAGAACAAGGAUUUGCCGAUGUUCGUGGUCUGUCUCCUCGCGAGCGUGCUCGUGUCAUUAUCAAAAAGUGCGCUCACCCGGACUACGUGCCUAUCCUUGAGGAUUACUUCAAUAAAGCUGAGUUUGAAUGCCUUCGCAAGGGUAUGGGCCACGAGCCUCACAUGCUUUUCAACUCGUUCGACAUGCACAAACAUCUUGUUGAUCACGGUACCAUGAAGCUUAACAAGUGGGACUGGAACAGUUGAAUGUAGACCAUUGUGUCAGAACGGAUACACGGCAGCUGCCUGCUUUGAGUACGGUUG